AUGGGCAGUUGGACGUUGGCCAUCUCCCACAAAUCGUCGAAUCAUGGCGCUCCUCCCAGGUUGAUCGUGCUAUUCGCGUUGUUGGUGUCAUGGCUGGGUUUGGUGGAGGCGAUGCGGCCCAGUCGCAUUGCCGAGUUGAGGCAGGAGACGGUCGAUAUGUUCUAUCACGGCUUCGAUAAUUACAUGAAUAUUGCCUUUCCCGAAGACGAGUUACGGCCCGUCUCUUGUACGCCGUUAACUCGAGAUCCCCUAAAUCCGCGAAAUAUCGCGCUCAAUGACGUCCUCGGGAACUAUUCCCUAACUCUCAUCGAUAGUCUUUCGUCCCUUGCCAUACUUGCCUCUGCGCCGCCCGAUAAAAAGAAUACUGGGCCGAAAGCCCUAAGUGAUUUCCAAGAUGGUGUAGCUGCGUUGGUCGCACAAUACGGUGAUGGACGGCCCGGCCCGUCAGGUCAGGGUGCUCGUGGUCGUGGAUUUGAUGUUGACAGUAAGGUCCAAGUCUUCGAGACGGUGAUAAGGGGUGUUGGUGGACUACUUAGUGCCCAUCUUUUUGCUGUUGGGGAGCUACCCAUAUCUGGCUAUGACCCACGGAUAGUAAUCAACGACGACGGUGAUACCUAUAUUGAAAACCAUCCUAUCCCCUGGCCGAAUGGAUUCAAGUAUGACGGGCAGUUGUUGCGGCUGGCCCUCGACUUAGCACAGCGCUUGCUUCCGGCCUUCUACACUCAGACCGGGCUACCCUACCCACGUGUUAAUCUUCGUCAUGGGAUACCGUUCUAUCUGAACUCUCCACUCCACGGGAACAAUCUAGAUUCAAAGCCACCCGAGGAUACUCCCGAAAUCACGGAAACGUGCAGUGCCGGGGCAGGUAGUUUAGUGUUGGAGUUCACAGUGCUGAGUCGCUUAACCGGAGACCCAAGGUUUGAGCAAGCAGCUAAGAGGGCGUUCUGGGCCGUGUGGUCGAGAAGAAGCAAUAUCGGCCUUAUUGGUGCCGGCGUGGAUGCCGAAGGAGGCCAUUGGAUCGGAGGAUUCUCCGGGAUAGGUGCUGGGAUCGACAGCUUCUUUGAAUAUGCUCUCAAGACUUAUAUCCUGUUGUCGGGUCAGGAAUUGCCGAAUCGGACAAUGCCUCAAGGUCAUGACGGGGAUUGGCUUGACCCAAACCAGAUAUAUCAUCCACUCUCAGACGAGGAUAAUUCCGCCGACUCUUUUCUGCAAGCUUGGCACCAUGCUCACGCUGCUAUCAAACGCCACCUUUAUUCCGGUCUACAUCAUCCGCAUUAUGUGAACGCGCAUAUGUCUACAGGCUCACCACAAGCCUAUUGGAUCGAUAGUCUAGGCGCAUAUUACUCUGGUUUAUUGGCGCUCGCUGGGGAGCUUGACGAAGCUAUCGAGACACAUCUAGUUUACACUGCUCUUUGGACCCGAUACUCUGCCCUCCCAGAGCGGUGGUCUGUACGUGACGGCCACGUUGAAGGGGGUCUCGGCUGGUGGCCUGGCCGUCCAGAAUUUAUCGAGUCCACCUACCACUUGUAUCGUGCUACUCGAGACCCUUGGUACCUUUAUGCGGGCGAGAUGGUCUUGAAAGACAUCAAUAGGCGAUGCUGGACAAAGUGUGGUUGGUCCGGCUUACAAGACGUACGCACCGGAGAGAAGAGUGACCGAAUGGAGAGCUUCUUCUUAGGGGAGACUGCUAAAUACUUGUAUCUCCUCUUUGACCCAGAUCAUCCCCUCAACAAGCUUGAUGCUUCAUACGUGUUCACCACAGAAGGACAUCCAUUGAUCAUCCCUCGAAAGAAAGCCCAUCGUCCGGUGCGUAAAAUGGUACCAGAGCAAGCUGUCCAGCCAUACUUCGACGCCCAAUUCACCAAUACUUGCCCUCGUCCACCAGUUCUACCUCCAUUGACCAGUUCAGCUGUUACUGCCAGGCCUGACUUUUAUAACGCGGCAACUCUGAUCCGGCUUCAUCAAAUUCCAAACAUACACGGCUUAGAAGGUCCCAUCGCAAAACUAAGCGGUUCAAAAUCACAGAUAAGACUACAGGAGAGGCCAAAGGAAAACUACACCUAUUUUCCUUGGACAUUACCUCGUUACAUGCUUCCAGCUGACGGAGUCUGUGCUGUAACAAAACAGGCUCAGACAUCAGUAAUCGAAUUCCCUUCCGGUUCUCAACAGUCAGUAGGUAGUGCCUUCAAUCUCAUGUUUGGCGGCCAUAACCUUGUUCGCAUGGGGAGCGAGGGCAUUGCGAUUAAUAAUUUGGCCGGCCUAAAGCUGGCCCUAAUUGUAGAGGAGCCCCCAGAGACGACCGAACGAGCUUGGAGAGUCUACAGUAUUGGCAGCUUACCUCUGGGCCGAGAUGAAAAAGUUUUCAUUACCCGCGACGUCCUCGAAGACAUGUCGGACCCGCUGUUCCAUCGCGUUCGCGACUCAGUCAUCGUCGACAUUCUUCUACAGAUCGAAAUCCCUCUCGAACCAUCAGAGCAUAAUUCUUCCUCCCCGGAUCCAGAACCCCCUCUCGAGUCACAAUCUACCAUUGAGCUUGAAAGUGACUCCGCCGUCGGCAUGUUCAGCUCCUUCCUACAACAGAUCACGUCCGCCCUACGCGAACCAGUCGCCACCUUUGGCCCAGAACCCGUACCCCAACCAAAGUUCAAGUACGUCGAACUACCGGCCAUCACGCCCGUAGGUAAGGGCGCCGCUCCCUUACCCGACGUCCGCGAGGCACCGAACCCCCAAACGAACGGCGUUAUUGAAUCGCUUUCGUGGCAACGCAUCUUCUUCGCCGGUUACGCGUGCAAUGGCAAGUUGCCCGACGCGGCGCCCCGCGCGCACCAGGUCAUCGUCAUGCGCCGUGGCGGGUGCUCGUUCUCGCAGAAGCUGGCGAAUAUCCCGUCGUUCGCGCCGGCGAGGGGCGCGCUGCAGCUCGUGGUCGUGGUUUCGGAUGAUAAGGUCGAGGAUGAAGAUGAUGAUCUAGAUGAGGGUAGAAACGAGAGAACAAGCAAUGGCAGGGGAGAGGGUAAGCGCUGGGGUGGAAGGGAGGGCGAAAAGGAUGCGGCGAAUGUGGACUUCAUCAGGCCCCUGCUAGAUGAGACGCAGAAGACUCCCGCGGGCAUACAUCGGCAUCGGCCCAUUGCUAUGCUGAUGACGGGUGGCGGCGAGGAGGCGUACGAGUUGUUGAAGACGACGAGGAGCUUGGGGCUUAGGAGGAGGUACCAUGUUGAGAGUCAGGGACUGAAGAUAAGUAACUUGGUCGUGCUGUGA